GUGGGAGAGCACAUCCCACUCUUCGCAUCCAUUUAAUAGGAGGGAGAUAGAGCUCAGCUCGGAAGCAAGAAAGAUGAGGAACCCAAGGGGCCGUGUCCAGGAGCACAUCGAACUCAUCCCGGGCCUCCCCGACGACGUCGCCGUCGACUGCCUGGCUCGUGUCCCGCACGCAUCCCACCGCGCGCUGCGCCGGGUCUGCCGCGGCUGGCGGAGCGCCGCCGCGGCCCCGGCGUUCGCCUCGGCACGCGCUGCGGCUAGGGCCAACGAGGACCUGGUGUUCCUGCUGCAGUUCGGCAACCCGUCGGCCGAUGACGGGCCGAAAGAUGGAGACGCGCCGGCCAACACCCCAGCGUACGGCGUGGCGGCGUACAACGUGACCACCGGCGAGUGGCGCCGGGAGCGCGGCGCUCCGCCGGUCCCCGUGUUCGCUCAGUGCGCUGCGGUGGGGAACCGCCUGGCGGUGCUCGGCGGGUGGGAUCCGCGGACCUUCGAGCCCGUGGCGGACGUGCACGUGCUCGACGCUGCCACAGGCGAGUGGCGGCGCGGGGCGCCGAUGCGGUCGGCGCGGUCCUUCUUCGCGUGCGCCGAGGCCGGGGGCAAGAUCUACGUGGCGGGCGGGCACGACAAGCACAAGAACGCGCUCAAGACCGCCGAGGCCUACGAUGCCGGCGCCGACGCGUGGGACCCGCUUCCGGACAUGUCGGAGGAGCGCGACGAGUGCGACGGCAUGGCCACCGUCGCGGGGGACCGGUUCUUGGCCGUGAGCGGGUACCGCACGGCGCGGCAGGGCGGGUUCGAGCGCGACGCCGAGUGGUUCGACCCGGCGUCCCGCGCGUGGCGCCGCCUGGAGCGCGUCCGCGCGCCCCCCUCGGCGGCGCACGUCGUGGUGCGCGGCCACGUCUGGUGCAUCGAAGGCACCGCCAUGAUGGAGUGGAUGGGGACCCGCCGCGGGUGGCGCGAGGUCGGGGCCUUCCCGCCGGGGCUCAAGGCCGGCACGGCGCGCGCUGUCUGCGUCGGCGGCGGCGAGAAAGUGGUGGUCACCGGCGCCCUCGACGGCGAGGGCGGCGGCGGGCGCCACGCGCUGUGGGUGUUCGAUGUCAAGACCAAGAACUGGACCGUGGUGCGCCCCCCGCCGGAGUUCGCCGGGUUCGUCUUCUCCGUCGCCUCCGUCCGCAUCUGAUCUGAAUCUCGCUCCCCCCGAUCCACCCCUAGAAGAAGGCUACUACUAGUACGUAUGUCCGUGCACCGUUUCCGCCAUUGAUGGAUCUGAGAUCCGGUCAGCUCGCCCGAGCUGAGAUCUGAGCGUCAUGGAUCUAUGCAUCUACUACUAGAAUGCCCUGCCAUCAAAGGAGUCCAGGAAGCAAGCGAGAUCUGAGAUCCAUGGAGCCAUGGGUGUAAAAAAGUUUCCUCCUUUGUUGCUUUUGAGAGUGUUGAGGUGAGAUGAGUGGUGUUUUAGUCCCGAGGUGAAGGACAGGCUGGUUCUUGUUCCCACCACCAUGCUUUGCUAUGCUAGCUGAGUUAUUGUACAUACUAUUGUGAGAUCCAAAGCCAUCAACUGGUCCCUUCCAUCCAUCCUGACCCAGAUCCGCUGCAGCCCUCAACAAUGGUGGCACAAUACCAGUUGUUGAACAAUUGCAGCAUAUCUUCAACGCCGGCGACUCGCCGUCGUUAAACAAGAUGCAAUUUUGCCAAGCGUCUGCUAGAAAAAACUGGCUGUCAUGCUUGCAAGUUGCAACCCUGCUGGCGUCCGUCCAUGGAAACAGGGGGCCAACACCGCCGCGCGAUAAUUUUUGGCUGCAAGUUGAGGUUUGGCCUUGGCCAUCCGCCACCCAUCUUCCAUCCUCGCACGUCUCCAUCGCGUCCCCGGGUCCAAAAGAAAGGCCGAGAAGCGAAGCAUCGGCAAGGAAAGAUAAGGCCGCCAGCGGUUUCGGCGUCCAAGUCGGGGCGGCGCGACGCCGACAGCGCGGCUGGCUGGGUGCCUACCUGGAACCAUCCGUCGUCUAUCUUCUCCUUUCCACCGUCCACAGAAUGGUCGUGGCUGUACAAAUCGCUGACGGUUCGUGGUGUUCUUGGGUUGAUUUUUGUUCUUUCUUUCUUUCUUUUCUUCUCUUUUUCACCUUUUCCGGUCCACCAAAAAUUUCGCUCCUCGUGGUAUAGAAGAAGGUUGACAUCUCGGUCCCCGAAUUA